GGUCUCGGUUAGCAUUGAAUUAAGCGAACAGAAUGUUUAGUCUUAAUGUAUGACAAAAUGGUAAUUGAACCAAGACCAUUGAUAUUUUGGAAUACCUGGGCUGGUCUCGGUUAGCAUUGAAUUAAGCGAAACAGAAUGUUUAGUCUUAAUGUAUGACAAAAUGGUAAUUGAACCAAGACCAUUGAUAUUUUGGAAUACCUGGGCUGGAAACCAAGACUAGGAUUAUGUAACCUUAAGUGCAUGGCAACGGAAUGCUACUUUCACUCGUCGAAUGACGUCUUACUAGGAUAGCCUGUAUGAUCCCCGGGUAUGAUGAUGAUGCGAUUAUGAUGUUCCGUUUAAUAGAUGAAACAUGGCUACAUUCUGGCGUUGGAAGCCAAGCUUCUACUUUCUGGCAUUUAUUCUCAUGAAUAUUUUAUUGGUGGUAAAAGGACAGAAUUGGUACGAUCUAAGGCUGGUUGGUGGCUCUCGGGAUAGUGAAGGCCGAGUAGAGAUAUACUACUCUGGUUCAUGGGGUACAAUAUGUGAUGAUGGAUGGGGUUCUGACGAAGCCGAUGUUGCAUGCAGACAACUCGGAUACGACUAUGCAUUGGCCUACCACUACAAUGCCUACUUCGGCGAAGGAAGCGGAAAUAUCGUCUUGGAUGAUGUCAGCUGCUGGGGCUAUGAAAGUCAGCUUCUGGAGUGUUGGAGUGCAGGUGUUGGAAACAACAACUGUGGUCAUCAUGAGGACGUUGGUGUCGAAUGCUAUCCUCAAAGCCCUACACCAGACCCAUUAGCCCCUCCUGCAAACAGUCUUCGGUUGGUAAAUGGAAGCACACCCUACGACGGACGUCUAGAGAUCUAUCACAAUGGUGAAUGGGGAACCAUCUGCCAUGACUCCUUUGAUCCCGACGAUGCAGAUGUAGCAUGCAGACAACUUGGUUACGGUGGUCUACAACGAGCCUACUACAACGCUGAGUUCGGAGAAGGUUCGGGUCGCGUGUGGAUAGCUAAUUUAAUAUGCCGUGGCUAUGAAGCAAAGUUGGUUCACUGCGACCUUUAUUGGGAACCGUCUUUAUAUGUAUGUCCUCAUUCUGAGGACGUCGGGGUGAGAUGUACUGACCCGGAUGCGACUUUGAGGCUUAUUGGCGGGGACACGUCUUCAGAGGGACGGGUCGAGAUCCUCCAUGACGGAGAAUGGGGUACGAUUUGUGAUGAUUCCUGGGGUCGUGAUGAAGCCGAUGUAGUGUGUCAACAACUAAACUUCUCGGGGGCAUCUGAAGCACCAGGGAAUGCCUAUUUCGGUGAAGGUACAGGAUCGAUCUGGCUGGAUGAUGUCUCGUGCUUUGGAGGUGAAAGUCGCAUUGAGGAUUGUCACCAUGCCGGCUGGGGUAAUGAGAAUUGCGGACAUCACGAGGAUGCAAGUGUUAUAUGUUAUGAUGGUGAAGAUGACGGUAGGAAUGGUGGUUUGAAUGCAGCAGAGAUUGCCGGUAUAGCAGUGGGAUCCAUUGUUGGAUUUUGUGUACUCGUGUGCGUCAUCGCAACAUCUUGCAAAGACUCCCAGAGUAGACCUCCCACGAAUCAACCAAUCAACAACAUUGCUCCUAUAACAUACCACAACCCAUCCACCCUCCAUGCGGAACCAUCCGAACGGAGUGCCCCACCUCCACCAUCGUAUGACCAGCGUGACAAAUACUCAGCCUAUCCCGAUCACCAUAAUGCACCACCACCACCACCACAACAGGCAUUCGAUCCUGUAGGGGGCCACGUCACCGGUGGCUCUUACCCACCACCCCCGCAGCAAGGACCAGGGUAUUACCCCUCAUCAGGGCAAUCUCUAGAACCUCCAGGACCAAUCCCGUAUUCUGCUGGGGUAGAGGAACAUAGAGCUGAUGCUCCUCAUCCAAGGUCGCACUAUCCUGCAUGGCCAUCUUCACCCAUCGGAGCGCAUCCUUCAUCUUAUCCACCACCAGGCAUACAAGGAGGAACUACAGGAUCUGGUCAUGCAUCCAUCUCGAAUCCCGCUCCUCCGCUUCUUACUCAACCAGCUCCUGUCCCUCAAGCAUAUGUUAUGUAUAUCCCUCCUCAUCAACAAGAUAACAACUACCCUUCUACUCUGUGAAAGUUCUAAACAUCAUUUUGUAUAUUAAAAAAAUGAGGAAGACUCUCCCGUCUGCUCUAUCUGAACAUUUAUCAACCAGGAUAACGCGGUGUUCUUUGUUAUAAAACAUGCUGUAUUACACUGCGAUGUUUAUAUCUACACAGCGUUGCGACUGUUGUUGAAAAUCGUAUAGGCAUUUUAUUAAAUAUAACGUCAUGACUACAUGUAGGCAAAUACAAAUAUCAAUUUUUAUCAAUUGUGCUUAAAAUGCAAUUCAUGUCCUACACAUUUUCUUACUGCAAAGUCAGAAAAAUGCACACCACUUCUGAGAUUAAAAUAUGAUGUUGACUCGGUAUACUAUCGCAACAAAGACUUUAAAACUGGUGUCUUUUUAGCUAUCCCUGGUCUCUGGUUAAUGGGUAUUUCAAUUUUUGUGUAUUUGUAAUUUCUUGUAUUCCUUUUGCGAGAAAUUAAAUAAGAAAUGAGUAAAUGAAUAAAUAAAUAAGUAAAUAAAGUAAAAUGAAAUAAAUGAAACAUGAGCUUAAUUUUGGGAUUUGGGGUUGCUGUCACAUGCUAAACGUUUCAUGAAAUUUGAACACGUUCUCUUUUAUUUAGAGUGGUGUAGAUAUACUAAUUUUGUCAUUUUUCUUUGUAAAGAUAAUGCCCACUUCAAACAUAGGAAGUGCCCUUUUACCUGAACCUCCCCAUUUUCAACUUCGCUCCGACACCCCUGUCCCCCCUCCGCAAUGUAGAGAUCACUCCAUAUAUAUUUUUUUUUUACUGAAAUCACUCACUGAGCAUGAUAAUGUUUGCUGAAUUUUCUUUAAUAUCUCGCCGAUGAAUCCACCGUUGACUUUAUUUCAAGCCCUUUUUUCGUCCUAUUGGCCAUAAAGAUAAAGGCUUAUGUAUGUAUUUGAUAUACAUACAUAUAUGUGUAUGUAAUCAUUUUUAGAGAAAAAAUAAAUAAAUGAAUUGAACUUAAUAAAACCAUUUGACACGCCAGAUUUACCGCAAAAUUAUUUGUCAUUCACUCAUUGAUUAAAAACUUUUAAUAUUUGGACUCGCAAGCUUUACUUUCUUACAAAUGAAACAUUACAGCUUACUCAAAUAUGUUGCCUCAUACGUCGCUGUCCUCAUAAGACCGCGGUGCACUGGUGCAUCUGCAUGGAAAGCGUAUAUCAGUAAUGUUAUAUGAUCUAGGGGGUGUUGCAAGAAAAUAUUUGCAAUCAAUCGCAAAUAUUCUGUGACAAUUUUACAGUUGAUUGAUCACUUUUUUAACUUUAGAAAAUCAUAUUACACUCCUUGUUUCAUGUAGCAGAUUAGCAAUCAGUCACAAUUUGCAAUUAAUUGCACGGCAUGUGCUUGAUUUCGGAAACGAAAAUAGACUUGCAAUUGAUCGCAAGUUUCUCGCAACGCCCCAUUAGUGUUGAUAAUGGUUUCCGUUUCAGUGAUUUCCUUUCAAUUGAACAGGAUUUCUGUUUCAAUGUCAACAAACGUCUAGUUCGAAAAUACACAUUGUCAGUGUUAUAUACAUUAAUAAACCAUCAUGAAAAGGGGUCACUCAGAAAAAAAAUAAUAAAAAGUAUCCUACUUAAGGCCUAUACAUAUGGAAUAGGUAGAAUUAUUAAUAAUUUAUAUUUGUAUAUGAUUGUAGGCAGAUAUAGCACCGUCUAUCUAAACAUAUUUCAUCCUGGAGAGUGUAAGAAUUUUUUUUAGAAAGUACCGAGGUUUGCCAGAAUAUAAUAAUGUCAUGAACAUGUCUAGGGUCAAGAACCGGUCAUUCCAGAAAAUUCUUAAUUCCAUGAGGCUCCAGUUCAACUGUUUAAAGUCUCUAUACUAUAGAGUUCUCAAAAUCAAUGAUGAAUUAUGUAUAAAGAAGAUCACCAGAAUCCCCACAGGUGGAUACUCAACUUUGUGGAUCUUUAAGAGAUGCUGGUAUCACCCUCCGAUAUAUUCAACUGGUCUCGAAAAUAAAAAUGAUAACAUCACAAUCCUAUAAUGUACAUUUUAAUCUCCGUACACAUGGUACAUGCCACAUAAAUUAAAAUUGAUGUUAUUGCAAGGUCUGUUUCUUAUACAGAAAUAUUAGUAAUAUUAGUAUUUAAUUUGGAAUGAAAGAAUAAACGCAUGCCUUUCAUAAUCUAGUCAGUAUACGAUAUCCUUAUGUACAUAUCUAAUGCAUGGUAAUAAAUGUUUUAUUCUCUAAGCCUUAUGAAAUAAGCGAAUGGUGAAUAAGCCUAUUUGGAAGCAAAAUAUAAAUUUAGCUUUAUUGUUAUUCAUCAUGUUCACAUAUGAUUAUGAGAACAUAAUAUGCGAGCAUGCGCUCGUCUCAUGAUGUUAAGCAAUAUAUUUGUAAUGCGUGUUACACGUGUAAAUACUUCGUAGAGCAAUAAAUGAAAAUCUAAAUUGACUUGAAGAUAAUAAGAA